CUGGUCCAGUCAGUGGGCCUGGACUGGAAACAUUCUCCAUCCACGACUGCAAAAAAGCCAGCAGCACUCGCUCUCUCACAUCACUUCACAUACACACACAUAUCUCAGUGAGUUCCCAUUGACGAUGACUGCGAAACACCGACACAAGAACAGCGAGAAGAGCGCAUCCAUCCAGGAUGAUGCGCCAAAGAAAAGCCAAAAGAACGCCAGUAACGGGGUGAGUGGCCCCGCACCUCAGGGGCCACGGUCAGGGAGCUGCCUCGGCCUUGUUGCGACCACAGUGUUUUAUAUUGCGCUACUAGGCGCUGCAGGGUUUGCUGCUUUUUAUUUACAGCAAGUAGUGGAGGAAAUGCACCAGACAAGCGCCAGGCAUGAGGAGAGCGCACGGAAAAACGCAGAGCUGAGCAGUAAAAUGGAGAGCGUCGCUCAACAGGUGGAGUCUCUGAGGAGUGUUGUGGACGGGCUGGAGUCAUCAAUGGGAAUCACACGGGUGGAGCUGGAGGGGGCAAUCAGCCGGGUGAAGAGGGGCGAGGUAGAGACGAGGAGGGUGGAGGAGGCUCUUCAGAAGCUCCAGAACGACCUACUCAGGGACCUUACAGAGGGCAUCAAAGAGGUGAAGGAGGCCCGAGAGAGGGACUUCUCUUCUCUGGAGAAGACUGUAGAGGAGCGUCUGGCUGAGGUGAGUCAGUCCAUCGCAGCCAGCGUGACGGAGUUCACCCAAGCUCAGGGCGAGGCGCAGAGCCAGCUGGCUGAUCUCAAGGCUCGUCUGGGUGACAUGGAAGACCCCGCGCUCAUCAAACAGGAGCUUUCUGCCAUCGUUGAUGCUGUAGUUGAAAUCAGAACUGCCAAACAAGAUUCUGAUGCCUCAGCCGAUUCACUCAGGGAGCAGAUAGGUGCUGUGAGGGCAGAGCUCCAGACUCGUAACCAGGAAGUAGCCUCACUGUCCCAGGAAGUUGAAACAAUGAGGUCAGUAGUGCAAGAGACUGUCAGAAGCCUGAAGCAGUCACUGUCUGAAGUAGAGGCCGGUGUCCAGAUUCUAAAGGACAAGGGCAUGACACUGGAAAGCAGUGUGGAGCACACCGCUGAUGCUGUUCGUACUGUGGAGAAGCAGGCAGUCGAAGCAGCUGCUCAGGUCAAGAGAACAUCAGACGAGCUGGAAGCCAGAGUUAAAGCAUCAGAAGAGAGCGGAGAUUCACUGUCCGCAUCAGUGUCAGACAUCGCCACCAAAGUGGAAUCACUAUUCGCCAAAUACGACACCUAUGAAAGCACUCUAGCUGCACAGGGGCAGGCUGUGGAGAAAGUCAAAACUGGCUUGGAGGAGGAGAUGGAGGCACUGAAAAGCAGUUUGGGGGAGCUCCAGUCCAACAUUGCCGCUCUGGGUGGUGCCCAUGCCAAGCUAACUUCAAGGGACUCCAACCUGGGUGAGCAGGUGAAGGACUUGGAGGAGAGGCUCGCCGCUCUUGAGGGCAGCAACAGCGUAAAGCCGGAGCAGCUGCAGAGCUUAAGAAGCAUGGUAGAUGACUUGGAAGCCAAAGCAGCCAAGCUAGAAGGUCACGAUCAGGCUAUUGCCACUCUUCAGAAAGCUCUGCAGGACACCACACAGACACUGGAAAACUUAUCCAAAGCCAAUAGCAAGACAGAAAAUUAGGGAUUUUUAGUUAGCAGUGUGACAUCAGGAACCCAAAACACGGACAACAAAGAUCCCCAAAGGGAUGACCAUAACCCACUUUUCCUGUUUUUUUAAUGAAGAAUAAUUUCUCAUACUUGAUGGUUGAUGUUGCACAUUUUAGUAGAAAAGUAGCCAAUAUGAGGGAAACUGGGUUAGGUCAGGAGAGAGGGGCAGAGUUGGACUGCUGAUGUGUGAAUUUGAAUCCACACUCAUUCUGCACUGUAGGUUUUUUCUCCUUUCUGUACCAAAGUAGUUUUUUUGGAAAACCAACCAAAUGCAAUAAUAAGCUCCUUUUGAGCACUCCUUUUGUUUACUCACUACAUGUUUUUUUACAAGAAUAAAAACUUUUGUUGACCCAAAGCGGUGAGGAAUUA